AUGACAUCUGCGCCAUUUUUCCUCUGUCUGAUGUGUUUGUUCUUGGGGAAAAUGGCUCAGACGAACGACCUCAAAUUCUCCUUCUCUGUUCAUCAAGAACGACGCUUGAUAGCAGUUAACACUGGGGACAGUGUGACUUUGCGUUGUUUCUAUGAAGGGGAUGUUGCUGCGAGGUUUUACUGGUAUAAGCUGAACUUGGGACAGAAACCAAAGCUCAUCUCUACUUUUUACAAGUUUGACACCAAUGUUACAUUUCAUGAUGGAUUCAAGAGUGAUUCACGGUUCACAGUGGGAGCUGAGAAAGGAAAAAUCUCCUUAAAGAUCACAAAUGUGCACAUUUCAGACUCAGCUACUUACUAUUGUGCAAGCAGCUACUCUUUCAAGUUUGAGUUUGGAGAGGGUACUAUCAUUGAAGUAAAAGGUUCAGGUUUAAACAUCCAAGCUUCAGUUCAGCAGUCAGCCUCUGAGACCAUGCAGCCAGGAGGCUCUGUGACUCUGAACUGUACAGUACACACUGGCACCUGUGAUGGAGAACACAGUGUUCACUGGUUCAAAGACAAAGGAGACUCUUUCCCAAGAAUCAUUUACACCCAUGGAGGCAGAAAUGAUCAGUGUGAGAGGAGAACCAACACACAAACACACACUUGUGUCCACAACUUGCCGAUGAAGAGCCUGAAUGUGUCUCAUGCUGGGACCUACUACUGUGCUGUUGCCUCAUGUGGACACAUACUGUUUGGAAACGGGACCAAGCUGGACUUUGAGUCUGAGGGGGACUGUUGUGUCUCAGUGUAUUUGUUGAGCGGAGCUUUGGCAUUCACCACAUUUCUGAGUCUUUUAAUGGCUUUCUUAUUAUACGUGACCCACAAGAGAAACAGCAGCAAAUUCACAGAGUCACAUUCAAGAUGUUCACUGCCUUCCUCAACAAAUGCAGAGGUAGAACAAAAUGAAGGAAACAUCCAUUACGCAGCUUUAAGGCACCACAAGGCUGACAGAUCACGAAGACAGAGAAACAACACCAAGACUGAAUGUGUGUACUCAAGUGUAAAGCUGUAG